AUGAAGGCGUCAUCGAAACUCUUUCCAAAUCUGAGUUCCUACCUCCCUGACCGCCAGCAGCGCCUCCUGCAGGACUGUGAAUUUCUGCGGAAUCUGCUGCGGAUCAGCGAGACCCGCGACGCCUGCACCGUCCUCUCCAAGCUCAACUGGUUCUCCAAGGAUAAAGAGGCCCUGGAGCACUCGUCCGGCUGGUUGUUCACCCCAACCGGAAAUCGACUGAUGGCCGUCAGCCAGGAGCUCGCUUCCGCAAUGUCGCCGAGGCCAGAGUUUGCGGAACCCCCAAAAUGGACGGCUCUCCAGGGUGUACUUGAUGAAGUCCGCGAGCUCUACGUCUCUCCAGAAGAAGUCCCGCCCGGUGGCCCGUCGGUUGUGAUCUUCGUGGCUGACGACGCCUCACAGCUACAACUGACGGAUCUGUUGAAGAGGGGAAUUGCUAGGACAAAGAUGGACCUGAAGAAGUCGAUCCGGACGGUGACUGGAGAUCCAGAUAUCCAUCCUCUAUGGGAUCCAGACCAAGUAUUCCCCUUCUACACCAAAGAAAUGGAAGAAACGGAGGGCUCGCGAAAAGACGUCGUCGGAAAUAUUCAGAAAAAUCAGAAGGAGGCGACCAGGGCUGUCAAGAAAAGGAAAAAGGUCGCGGAGACGCUGGUCGGCAUCAAGCAGCGCAAUUUGGAACAUUUCGGAAUUAUGCGCUACCGGCGGACCGUCGAGAAGGGGUAUUUUCAU